AGAAGAAGAAGGGGAAAAAAAACGUUUCUAGAAGAAAGGAAAUCUGAUUCGACAGGAAGAAAACGGUGGGAGCCGCGCGCGAGAGUGUGACUGUGUGAGAGUGACUCCUUAACCCAUAAGACACGACUACCUGCCAGCGCCUGGAGACGACCAUAAAGGCAAAUACAUUUCCACAGUCGUGGAUCGCUUCCUUUUGCGCUCAACACGCUCGUCGCCAAAAACAACUGGAAGCUCCAAUACUCAGAAUUCUCCGCCGAAAAUCUUGCCGAACGUAAAGAUGCAAGCUUGUCCACAGGUGAAGAACAUCCUUGUGUUGGAUUCUGAAGGCAAACGCGUUGCCGUGAAGUACUACUCCGAUGAGGAUUGGCCGACCAAUGGCGCGAAAGAAGCCUUCGAGAAGACGGUGUUCACCAAGACGCACAAAACGAAUGCUCGUACGGAAGCUGAAGUUACAAUGAUCGACAGCUACGUGAUCGUGUACAAGUUCGUAGAAGAUCUCCAUUUCUUCGUUACAGGAGGUGAAGAUCAGAAUGAGUUGAUCUUGGCCUCUGUUCUUCAGGGAUUCUUUGAUGCUGUCGGCAUUCUACUCAGAGGCAAUGUGGAGAAGAGCGAGGUGCUUGAGAAUCUGGAUCUCAUUCUUCUGUGUUUGGAUGAAACUAUCGAUGGCGGUGUCCCUCUGCAAACAGACGCAGCUGUUCUUGCUAACAAGGUAGCUAGUCAUAACAUAGAUUCUGGAGCUCCAUUGUCAGAGCAGACAUUGGCUCAAGCCCUGGUCACAGCUCGCGAGCAUCUCACGAGAUCCCUUCUCAAAUGAUGAAUAUCCUCUACUUUGUACAAUACAUAGUUACUAUCUCCCUCCCGCUGUCGUCUUAUACAUAAUAUGUUAGAUUUAAACUUCGGUUUGUAAAGACGAUCGAAUGAGCCACUGCGAAGUAGUAGUAUAUGCGA